GUCUGCACCUCCACCACAACGUCGCUAUCGACGCUAAACUGCAAAUGGAGUACCGCCCAGACGCAGAAGCCGAUUACGUUAAUCAGGAGACGAUUGACAGGGAAAGGAAGACGGCAGAAGAAUGGCAAACGGAGAUGGUGCCAGACCAGGUGGUGGUGUACCGCCUGCCGGGAGAGAGACUCGGUCUGGGGCUCAAGUUUGACGGCGGUAUGGGAGCCCGGGAGUGCGUGAGACGACUUUUCAUACAGAGUGUGGCUCCGGACUCGCCGGCCGCACGCGCUGCCGUCCCGUGGGGUGAGUUACAGCCGGGUGACCAGAUCCUUAAUAUCGAGGGGUGCGCUGUGUCGUCUAUGACCAGAGUGCAGUGCGUCUCCUUUCUCAAGGAUGCUGCUAUGAAAAUCACAAUCGGUGUACUUAAGGGAAAUGGACAACUUCCAGAUUUGGACACGUGUAAUUCAGAGGCUCCAGGGUACGUAAAACAGGAGGGACAAGAAGUUGAGGGAGCAGACGACAGCGAGGAUUCCACACGCCCCCCACCACUAAUUGUUGGGGAGAUGAGGAAACGAGUCCCUCCUCCACCGUUACCCCCUAGGGCGCGGCCUAGGAAGUCUCCUGCUCGCCCUCCUAAGGACCCAUUACCCAUACCCCCGCCGCCAAGUGCUUUUCAGGACCUGGAUGAUGUACUAGGAGGGAAAUAUACCAGAGGCAGUUACUCAGCUUGUGGAACUAAUGAGGACAAAGAGAAUUCCAUACACGGGUGGCGAGAAUUUGUUAUAUCUCGCCGCAAUCGUCCUGGUGACCUGGAGGAGCUUCUAGAGGAUCUUGAGUUUCACCUUCCUAGGACGUGGAAUACAAAGAGAUUGGAAGAGUCGAUGGAUGGGGGUAUGCCUCCUCGUCCUACCUUCUACUUGGAUCUUGUUGGAGAGGAAGAUGCAAUGGGUCCAUGUGAGAGUGAGAGUGAUGAGACGAGCAGCUCGGUAUCGACUGUGAUUGAUAGACUUUCACUAUCGUCUUCCACUACUGUGUCUAGAAAUUCCUCAUUUAAUGCUUCUGCUGACGCAUCUAGAUUUGACUUAGCUCGUGCACUCAGUCCCUUUGAACAACUGGAGAAGGAGUUUGAGUCGGAAACGCGGGCAGAGCUACAACAAAAGCAGCAGCAACAGCAACAACCACAACAGCAAACACCUGCAACAGCUCCACGGGAUGAGGUAACACCAGCACCACCAAUAGAUCGCAGUACUAAACCCAUGGCAAUGGAAACCCCAACUCCUGAGGUCGAAGUGCACUCUGUUGUCUCACGCAAAUCAUCAUCAAAGCUCAAAAUGCGCCCUUCCAUUAAAUCAUUCUCCUUCAGUCUCAAGGGACGUCCAUUUUCUUGGCAACAAGGAAAAGCUGCUAGUGAACGGGUCGAGCGAGGAGUUGGGCGUACUGACACAUUUUUGUCUAUUAAAAAGCCUGGAAAAAGGCCUGCGCCUCCUCCACCUCCUCGUUCCAUAGAUUCUGGGACUCGUCAGAGUGAGUCUCCUCUCACUGUCACCUCCAACAUGGGUACGGAGACAACCAUCAGUGAUGCGAACAUUCAUCUAGAUAACGAAAACAUUAACCAUGAUUCAGAUAAUUACAUCGACCUAAUAGCAGAAGCAGCAAAUCAAAGUAUGAAUAAUGAAACUGUAGUUGUGACAAAUUUGAUUGAGAGAGAAGUGGGAACGAAAGUGGAUCAGGAAAGACUAAAUAAUUUACCCUUUCUGGUACAAGUCAAGCAACCAAAGCUUUCCCCUGAUUAUUUGUUAAUCUUAGAUUCUCCUCCAGGUGAGGAUGUGCUGGAUAAAUUUCCAGACAAGUGUAUUUACACAGACGUUGGAGGAGAUGCUAGCUCUCCACUCACAGAAUGCGUUCAAAAGGAGGAAAAGUCUGUUGACAAUGAUGAAAAUUUGACGAAGACUGAAGUUUCGAUAACAAAGAUGGCAGCUCCAGAUGAAGUUAUCGAGUUGUGCCCUAGUGACGAGCCUUUGGAAGACCUGCAUGAGUCUUCAUUGUCAGAAGCUUCAAUCAGCUCUCCGAGCAACAGUCCUUGCAACUCUGAUGAUAACAUAUUUUCAAACCCUCAGAAGUGCAUUGAAACUCGAGCUCAGGUACAUCAUGCUUUGGAUGACACGAUUGAUUUAGAAGUUGCAGCGAUUUGUCAGAGACAGUCGCCGGAAGAAGACUCAAAACCAGACUUGAUGACUGAACUACCUGACAAAGAGUUAAACGAAAGCUCCGAAAUGGAAAUCAGUGAAGAACUUAAUGAAAGCAAGAGCUCUGAUGUAGAGAUUAGUGAAAGUGUCGAGUUUGAUGAUAGUCUUGAAGUUAACAGUACAAACAUUUAUGAAAAUGCUGAAAUUAGUAGUAUUACAGAGACAGAUGGUAAUAUGGAGGUUGACAGUGCACAGAUUAAUGACAGUGAGGCUGACAGAAGUACAAAGGCUGAUGACAGAAAGGCUUACGACAGUACAAAGUCCGAUGACAGUACAAAGUCCGACGACAGUAUAAAACCAGACGACAGUACUGAAGCCGAUCUAAGCACAGAAUACGAUGACAGUGAAAUGUUAAUCAGUGAAACAGUAGAAGACAGUUCCGAGAGAGAUAUCCAGCAGACGAGUGACACCUCUGAGAGAGAUGACACCCAGCAGACAAGUGACACUUCUGAGAGAGAUGAUACGCAGCAGACAAGUGACAGUAAUGAGACAGAUGAAGCCAGUUACAUGCUGGAUAACGGCAAGGAAAUGCAUCUACAUUUCCUUUCCUGCUCCUCUCCAAAGACCUCCCCUACAGAACCCGUCUUGCCUAUGAAACCACCUAGGCUUCCUGACGUCGCAGAAGAGGAACUGGGGCUCUACGAGGAUAUGUAUGAUGAGUGUUAUCCUCUGGAAGUCUCGUCGGACCCCAGGAGCAUCGGGCCUCUAGAGUCUAACAUCACCCGGAGUUUGAGGCAUGAGGAGAGUAGAACUCUGCCAAUUGUUCCUGAGGAGAACAGUGCCGACCUAGAUACGACUGAAGGGGAUCUGACUCCUCUGUACGACGAUGUUGCCGAAGAGAGUGGAACUGUCAGUACCGAUGAGGCAGCGAGUUCAGGUGCGUUAGACGAAGCCCACAGAGAAACCCCACAUGUUCCUUUGUCAGUACCAACAUCCAUUGCAACGACUGUACCGUUGUUUGACGAGACAUCCACUACGGUGUCCGUACCAAUGUCCAGUGAGACUGUUGUGACAUCCUCCCUGACGUCCUCUGUGACGUCAGUCCCGACGACCCUUCCAAUGUCCAUCCAAGCUGAGACAGGCAGGGCUAAAGUGAGCAGAACCAUCGGGCAGUGCACUAAACAAAGGCGUCUCAGACACGACAUAGGCGACCUCAUCAGAAGGGAAAUGAACCUGGACGACGAUGUGACAGUGGAGGUGGAGGAGGAAGAGGAGGUGGAGAACCUGGUGGAGUGUGAGAACGAGAAGGAGCUGCUGUUGGUGAUGAGAGCACUUCGCCAGGAUCACCUCAGCGACAGCCUCAGGUGGCUCGAAGAUGACAGUGAAGAUGACGAAGAUGACGGGGCAGCAGGCAGUGCCGGUGGUGACGAUGCUACCGGACCUGAAGAAGCAGGUGAAGAUGAAAGCGUUGGCGAUGAUGAGGGUGUUGGCGAUGAUGAGGGUGUUGGCGAAGAUGAGGGUGUUGGCGAAGAUGAGGGCGUUGGCGAAGAUGAAGGUGCUGACAAUGAGGACCAAGGUGAUGUAGGUGAGGGUAAAAAUGUAGACAUAUCGAAGACUAUUGUUGAUCGAGCUUUCCUCAGAGUGAGUGACCCGGCCUCGGCCUCCAGGCUUGCAAGAGGUCAGAGUGCCCCAGAGAGCGCAGGGGUGGGCCUGGCGCGUGCCCCGAGCCUCCCCGUGGGAGGGGAGGAGAAGAAACCUUUAGGAGGGGAGGAGGAACCUGUAGGAGGGGCAGAACUCCUCCCCCUCUUUCCCCCUCUCACCUAUGACGCUGCUCCUGCUGCCCAGAGCCCAGUCAACUCCACCGACCCUUGCCACAGUCUUCCACGGGGCACUCAGCGUUACCCACACCACACCGCCCUGCACCCACACGCCCGCCCACGCCUCCCCACCUACUCUGACGACCACAAAGCCGACCUCCUGAAGGAUACGACCACCGACGAAGGCGCUGAAGGUGGCGCUGCAGCACAGACAGAUGAAAAUGGUUUCCCAGAGAGGAGUCCAGUGAUCAGUGGAGCGUAUGAGAAUGUUGGGAAGAGUACUGUUGGUAAGCAUGAAGCACCGUGUACAGUGUCACUGACUACCUUAGAGGGUGUCACCAGCAGUGACAAAGCGACUUUAUCCCUGGCUCACUCAGAAAUUGCCAACAGCAGUGAUACAUUGAAACUAGCACUGCCUCGCUCAGAGGGUGCCACCAGCAGUGACACAUUGAAGGUGGCACUGCCUUAUUCAGAGGGUGCCACCAGCAGUGAUACACCGCGGGUCUCACUGACUACCUCAGAAGGUGUCACUACGAUGGUGGCACGGACUGGCACUAGCCAGGCGGGGAAGGUGGCGUCCUGCCCUGACGAGGUACACUCCCUGCUGACGGUGCAGGCCAAGUCAGACCUCGACCACCACUUCCCGGAGAGUGCUACCCCUAUGUCUGGCACCACUGACGCUGGCACCGACGGGGAGGAGCCGGAAGAGGAACAGGAAGACAGAAACAGGAGCAACAGUAGUGAUGACACUCCGGAACCACCGGACUUUACAACUCACCCCAUGUGUACAGGUAGAAAUGUCAUUGAAACAAACACAGUAGAUGCCACAUAA